UCAUGGUAGCCUCUCAGAUCAUCCUCGUCUUGGUUCUCGCCUCCUCGGUCAUGGGCGGCGAUCUGCACCAUGGCGGAGGACACCUGGGGGGGGGAUUAUUACACGGAGGAGGAGGAGGAGGACACGGGGGACACUAUGCCCCUGUCUACCACGCCCCAGCCCACUACGCCUUCAACUACGGGGUUCAAGACGCCUACUUCGGCACCAACUUCGGCCACGCGGAGUCUCGCGACGGCUACAACACGGAGGGCGUGUACUACGUGAACCUCCCCGACGGGCGCCUCCAGACGGUCAAGUACUACGUGGACGAGUGGGGGUACCAUCCCGAGGUCACUUACUCUGGGGUCGCGCACCACGCUGGCGGUUACCACUAGUC